AUGCGCAUUGUAAAACGAGAUAUGGGAUCAGACGGCGGCACUGUCGACGGUUUUACGUGUGCUACUGGUACUGCGGGAACUUUAGCCGGAGUUACUAAAUUUUUGAAAGAGAAAAAUCCCAAUAUUAAAUGUUUUCUGGCCGAUCUGCCUGGAAGCGUUAUUACGGAGGAAAUAGGGCAAGGAAGAGUAACGAACAACUUGAAGGACGAUAUCGAUGAAGAAGGAUUGUAUGUGAGUGCGUCUACUGCAUUGAACGUCGUUGCUGCCGCGGAGAUGCUUGGCCCGGGUAAGUUUUGGAAGAUAGCUUUCGACCCAAAUCGGGUGAACCGCGGGAAGUAUUCUAAAAGGCCUGAGUUUUAUGGUAAAGGCAAAGAUCCAAUGGCAUUGCCAUAUGAGGAAUAUCCGGAGUGGUCAUGA